GAGAACAAUUCCGACCUCCCGAGGCGCGCCGUCCCACAUGGACGCGCUUCCAAUCAGUACCUAGUUUUAAGAGCCCGUGGCGGCUCCAGCAGGACCACUACUCCAGUUGAAUCCCACUGGUUGCAUCAUCGCGGUCGAAGCGCACUCAUCCUCUCAACAGUUGGAUUGUGCUCAACUUCUCCCUAACUCGUGGACGUAUUUAAUAUGGAUGCCAUGAAGAUUUUGGCCAUACCGCUUCUCAUCACGCUGCUGCAGACCCCCACGACCCGGUCGGUGACGGUGACCAGCAGCAAGCCCAAGGUGGACGUCCACGAGCACACAGAUGCGGUGCUGGCCUGCGAGUUCAAGACGGAGAAGGAUCAGAACCCCCGCAUCGAGUGGAAGAAGAAGGGGAAGGGUGUCACCUUCGUCUACUUUGACGGGAGUUUCAGCGGGUCGUACGCGGGCCGCGCCAGCAUGGAGGGGGCCACGCUCACCAUCCACUCCAUCACCCAGAAGGACUCGGGGGAAUACCGCUGUGAGGUCACCGCCAGCCAGGACCAGGUCAACCUGGGGGAGACCACCGUGGCCCUGAACGUGCUCGGUAGGACGAUUCCUCCCCACGUCCCGUCCUGCGAGGUGCCCAGCACAGUGUUCGCUGGCUCGGACCUGGAGCUGGUGUGUAAGGACGCGCUGAGCGUUCCCCCGGCGACCUACCGCUGGUACAAGGACAACAAGGUCCUGGCUGCCUCCACAGACUCCGCCUACAGCGCCGACAUCAAGAAGGGCACGCUGAAGUUCAACAGCGUGUCCAUCUCAGACGCCGGCAUGUACCGCUGUGAGUCGUCCAACAGCGUGGGCUCGCCCAAGAGCUGCGUGGCUCAGCACCUGGCCGUCGUCGAGUACAAGCUGAGUGUGACCACGCUGGCGGCCGGGGGGGUGGGCCUGCUUCUGCUCCUCUUCAUGUCCUGUCUGUGUGUGUGUCUGUGUCGCCGCCAGCGCGGCUGCUGCAGGAGAGAAAAGCAGGAAAAGUGUCUGAAGCCCUACAGCCUCCCCCCCCCACCGCCUCCAGCCCGCAACCCCAAGAACUACAAACACACCCAGUCCUUCAUGAUUUGAGGUGGAGACCCCCGCUCAGCGCCCACCCCCGGCCGUCCCCAUCUGUGCUUCAUGGAGAAACCAACCCCAACAUCACUUGUACCUCGGUUUGCAUUGUAGAUGGCGCCCUCUGUUGGUAAAACUAACUUAAUCGUUCCCUGACAUUCUCAUCUCCUGACUCCAAAUCUGCGUCUUUGCCGAGAGAGAGAGGGGGCGGGACUUUCAAUGACAUUGUUAGCAAUAGGGCAGUACAUUCAUUUUCCAAGGAUUAGCAAUGAGGGAGAAAAGGUGAAUUUCAGUUAUAAUGGUUCAAUGGCGGGGGUGAGAGACUGGGAGGGACUACCGAUAGAGAGACAAAUCUGUUUUUGUUACACGUUUCAUAUAAUGCUUUGUCAAAUCCUUUGUCAAAAAGAAUCAUAUUUGUUCCUAUGCAAUUUGAAAUUGCAUUGCGGUAGACACUAACGCUACACUUCAUGACCAUCUCUCAGCCCAGGUUAAACAUGCAUUUGGUUAUCCGGUCAUCUGCUGAUUACGCAUCAAUACGGCACACCUGUCAUCAGAUAGGAAAUCGAAUUAAAGGAUGCCGUUGACAGGCGAGCCCCCAGGAGAGGUCAAGUGUGUCGCAUCAGGCCAUCACAGGUUGAGCAUGCAUGCAAUAGCGUGUUUUAACCUAUAGAGGGAGUCUUCCAAAGGAUUCAUCUAAUGUAAACCCAUAUACAAGUGGUGUUGGGAUAAAGUUCUCCUUUAAUCCUCCCUACAUUCAUAAUUGGACCAUUAUCUGCACUGCUGCUCAAUCAACACACCCUCUCCCUCCCCUGGAUGCUCGCUGUUACACAGGUGGACGCUGGAAAGACAACAGUAACGGUGGGAGCUAGGGUAUAGUUUGGCAAAAGCCCUUUGACUGACAUUUUCUGGUCGGCUCUUCUAUGCAAAACACUGACACAAUAGAGUGCCUUCAGUAGUAAUCCCAAUUGGAUGUUUGCUACAAAACAUUCAUGUAUUUUUUUGUAUAUUGUUUAAUAUCUCACUCUUUUGUUCACACAAUAUGUUUUGCUAAGUUUCUAGGUUAUUUCUUGCAUUUCUAACUAUUGGCCUAUCGAGGUAGACUAAUGUGUAUAUAUCGCCUCCUACUGGUCAACUCAUGAUACAUGUCGUCAUGGGUCAGACCAUAGCUUCCAAUCCAUAGUCUAUGUAUCUUCCAUGUCUAUAGGCGUUUUUCUUUUAUGGCCGGAAUAUGUUUUAUUCCCAACAUUUUUGUUAUAUUGUGACACUCAAUUUGUGGUAUCAUAAUUAAUUUGAUCCUUCCUCAUAGUCAGUUCUUGUAGUGGUUUGUGUCCAAUUUAUUUUUGAUGUUGGGUGUACCCAUUUGUGUGAGAAUGAU